AUGGCUGAGAAACAACGUCUAAUUCAAAGGCCAGACGUAAUCGCACCCCAUCUUACCGUUCACGUAAACGACUUGUACACUAUAGAUGUCGAUCUACUCUUCUUGACACUCUACCUCUCGGCACAAGAUAGUUCCUUCAUCGACGACCUGCGUGAUGAACUCAUCUGGGAUCGGUAUUCGCGUUCGAAGACCGAGUUCAGAUGGGCCGCUCAUGACCUCCGUCCGAUCCAGUAUCGAGGCGAGGCGCACUUCGCUUUCACCACAGUGUGGGAGGGUCGGUUGAAAGGGCGGAUUUUCAAACACUCCACUCACGUUAUGAUGGAUAGCAGGGGUGAUGUAGUGAAGACAUUUGGAAAUACAGACCACGGCGUAAGAUUGGACCGGCACGACUCUGAGAUUGUGGAGGACGGCCGAAAAAUCGUCCAAGCAGCCUUCAUUCGUCACGAAGGGGGGGGGGAGGACGGCGUCAUGGUAGAAGAGAGCGUUCCAAGAGGUGGAUCUCGCGACAAAAGCAGUCGAAUCCAAUGGCGCUCUCUCGACCCCGUUCCCAGAAACCAAAGUCUAGUAGGCUUGGACGAGCCCGACUACUAA